AGUCUAACAGGAAGUCCUCCUCUUCUUCAGGUGCUGCUCUUCGUCUUCUCCAUUCUGCGUAAGGUGGCGUGGGACUACGGCCGCCUGGCUCUGGUCACCGAUGCCGACAGACUGAAGAAGAGUUUCAGAGACCUGAGGGAGCGAGAAUACGUUGCCUCGGCGAUGCACUCGGAGACGCCCGACCGCUACGAACGCCUCACGUCCGUCUCGUCCUCAGUCGACUUCGACCAGAGAGACAACGGUUUCUGCUCGUGGCUGACGGCCAUCUUCAGAAUAAAGGAUGAGGAGAUCCGGGAGAAGUGUGGCGAGGACGCGGUCCACUACCUGUCCUUCCAGCGCCACAUCAUCGGCCUGCUGGUGGUCGUCGGCGUCCUCUCCGUCGGCAUCGUCCUGCCCGUCAACUUCUCCGGAGACCUGCUGGGUAAGCACCCCACGGCAGCCAAUCAGAGCACCCCACGGCAGCCAAUCAGAGCACCCCACGGCAGCCAAUCAGGAGCCCCUCAGAGC